CCGGCUCCCAGAGCGGACUUCAGCAUGAUGAACACGGCUCCAAACGACCCGAGCCGAGGUGGGUCAGCGUGAGACGCAGAGCGGGCCAGCAGGCUGAUGCUCUCCCGGGCCAGUUCCUCCAUGAUCUUCACCCAGACUCAAGACAUAGACUGCUGUCCCCUGAAACGACCACGGUCUUUGAAAUUCAACAUUCUGGAGGUACUUCCAGCUCUUCUUGAUAUCAAGACAAAGAAAAGGCCUUGACAGAUCAGUGAAUCAUCAGCUAAUGGGAUAUUUGUGAUGGUGACCAUGGUUAACACAUAAGGUUGCUGUAAGUGGCACUACCAUGUUGCCAGGAGUGGGUGUGUUUGGCACUGGGAGCACAGCCCGGGUGCUGGUCCCAUUGUUGAAAGCUGAAGGCUUUGAGGUUCAUGCACUCUGGGGUAGAAGUGAGGAGGAAGCAUGCUGCUUGGCAAAAGAGCUUGGCAUCCCAUUUCACACCAGCCGAUCUGAUGAUGUUCUUCUACACCAAGAUGUCGACCUUGUGUGCAUCUAUAUUCCUCCCUCGAUGACAAGGCAGAUUGCUGUCAAAGCAUUAGGUAUAGGUAAGAAUGUCGUAUGUGAAAAAGCUGCAACUGCUGUGGACUCAUUCAAGAUGGUGACAGCAGCUAGAUACUACCCCCAGCUGCUAAGCAUCAUGGGUAAUACCCUUCGCUUCCUACCAGCAUUUGUUGCCAUGCGGCAGUUGCUGGUGGAAGGUUACGUUGGAGAAAUACAGGUGUGUGAUGUUCGAGUCUAUGGCCCAAGCCUCCUGGAUCAGUCCUAUGGCUGGACGUGUGAGGAGCUGAUGGGAGGAGGUGGUCUGCACACUGUCGGCUCUGCCAUCAUUGACCUUUUAAGUUACCUGACAGGUGCACGAGCCCAGCGUGUCCACGGUUUACUGCGGACAUUUGUGCAACAGAACAAUCUGAUUCGAGGUAUUCGCCGUGUCACCAGUGAUGAUUUCUGCUUCUUUCAAAUGUUGAUGGGGGGAACUGUGUCUAGCUCUGGUGGCGUGUGUUGCACUGUGACCCUAAACUUCAACAUGCCAGGGUCGUUUGUGCACGAGGUUAUGGUUGUUGGAUCAUCCGGGAGACUGGUUGCCAGGGGGACAGAGCUGUACGGUCAGCGUAAUGGGAAUAAAUGUGAGGAGCUGUUGCUCGGCGAAAGUGGCUGGGUAGGACCAGAGGUGAGAGAGAUGCCCAUGCCUCACCUGCAGGGGUUGAGCGCCAUGGUAAAAUCACUGAGACAGUCUUUUCAGGCUCAUGAGGAGCGCAGGUCAUGGGCGCGAGGCCCGGUUGCCAUGGCGCCAACAUUUGAGGAUGGUCUGUAUGUGCAGACGGUGGUGGAGGCGGUGAAGCGGUCCAGCUGUACUGGAGAAUGGGAGUGUGUUGAGAUCAUGAGUCAAGAGCCAGAUCCGAAUCACAACCUGUGUGAAGCUCUGCAGAGAAACAAGAACUGACAAUAUUUAAACACCGGGUGCGACACUACUACAAAACUAAGCUCUGAAUGUUUCCCUUUAACUCUGUUGCUCAGCAGAUCACAUCACAUAUGACUUCUGUUGGCUUCUCUGCAUCUGAAUUAAGAAAACAUGAAUAUCUUUACUCUCACAGUCACGAUAAAAUAGAUAAACACAGCUCCAUUAUUCUAAUUCUAAAAAAACAUUAUAAUGUGCACAUUAGCAUGUUAGGGUUGCGCCAGCUUUGCAAAAGUUCAAAUGUAACCUAGUUGAAUGUAUAUUCUUCGCUAUGAUGUAGCUUCGAUCUCACAAGAAGCUCCUAGUAGGUUAAUAUUCUUUGUAUAAUUCAUUGUCAUGAGUCAUGGACUAUUGUUUUUGAGUUUACUUGGAGGAUUAGGAGGAGCUCAGGGUUUAAAUGCGGUUUGGUGUAAGAAGUGUUUUUUCUUCGACAGAUUACAUAUUUAAAAUGAAUUAUGAUAGCUAAGAAUCCAAGCAAAAUCAGACUGUUAAAUAAUCUCUUUUUGUUGACAAUUUCCGCACCUGAUCUUUCCAUUUUUUAUUUUACAGUGCCUGUAGAUUAAGAAUUUAGACUUAAAUUAUUACCUAAUCAUUAGGUUUUUUAAAUGUUUUGUAUACACAUUCAGUUUGAGGUUUAAUGGCAGUUAACAGAGGUUACUUUAAGCAGUAAGCCUCCUUAGAGGCAAUUAGGCAUGAUUACCAAUAUUGAAACAAACACUGCAUUAACAAUACUUUCACUGAUUGGUUAAAAUAAAAUCAAAACAUCAGUUGUGACAAUAUUUUGGUUAGUCCAGACAUUACUCUACAGUCUAAAAUGAACUUAGCAUCUCUGCGGUUCAACCAAACAGUGCCACAGCUGGACUUACAACCUAGCAAUUUUCAACAUUGGGUUUAAUGGGGACUUCAAGCUAUAUAAAUAGGCUGAACUUGUGCACAGCUGGUGCAACAGGCUACCGUACUGUGCUUAGUAGCAGUCAUUGUACUCAUUCACUGAACAUUGACUACAUGGAGUCAUCAUUGUGACUCUACUUUUGUCACACAUAUCAGUGGGGAUUCCCUGAUUGUGGCAGUUUGUUUAAUAUAUCCUGUUUUCUUUAAAGUUAAGGCAUCAGACCAUUAGGGGUGAAUUUGUUGGAGAUUAUAAUCAGUACACCAUGAAAUAUUGACAAGACAUCAAGACAAGAAAUCAAAAACAAAACUGCUAAGUUGUGUAUUCUCUUCUUGUUUUAAUUUUUUAUUUAUCGAUUUGCUUAAUAGCCAUGUCCCAUGUAAUUUGUCCCAAACAUUGAUCCCAGAUUACAAUAACACAAAGUUAAUAAUCCAGCUGAAAACAUAUUUGUCAAACAUGUUCAUGUGUUUUGGUUGUCAUGUAUUCACAACACUAAUUGCACCUUUUUUUCUGAAGGGAAGGUUACCUCAGACAUGAAUGUGAAUAUGCCAGCAAAAUGAUGAUUUGACUAACAAAAUCCUUUCUCUUUGUUAGUGUGAAGUGGGGUUAGUGGCAGAAGUCAAAUGAUGCUCCACUGGAGCACAGCCUCUCUAAAAACAGAAUGAGAAUAAUAGAGCUGUUUAGAGUUUACUUUUAUUUCAAUUUCAUUUUUAAAAUGUGCAAGAUACAAAUAUUUAUAGGUGGAACAAGACCAGGGAUUAAGUUAAAUAAGCUAUGUGGAACAUAAAAUGACUUAAGUUUAUUUGUAGCAUUACCCCUCAAAAUGCUUGCUUUUAAAUAUUUUAGGUUCUGCUUAAACAAUGUAGGAAAGAGAAGUGCAACAAGUUAAUAAUUUCCUUUUUUGGAGAAGUAAAUUCCAGUUGUCCCACGUUCACUGUGGGGGAAAAAAACUUCACAUUUUUCGAGUCGUCAUCAUCCAUGAACUCCAUCUUUUCUUUAUUUCUUAAAAAAAAAAACUACCAUUUUGCAUAUAAAAACACAGCUUCAAAAUACACAUUCUGUUUUAAUUUUAUUUCAGAGAAAUACAUUAACACAAUUAUUUUGUGCCUUUUUUCACUGGAACCUUAUUGAUGGUUAUCCUUUUCAACAUUGAGAAUGACUAUGAAGAAAGAAAUUGCCAACUUUUACAGUCACCUGUCAAACAAUUUAGUGCUCAAAGUUCAUAUUAAAUGUUUCAAUUGCAAUUUUGUAGACGCAGGCUAAUUACUGACAUUACUAAACACUGACUUUCCAAUGUCUAGAUGUCCAAAAGCAAAGUCUGAAGGAAAUGGAAAACUAAAUUAGAGUGUGUGUUAAAGGUUUGUUUACAUGCGUAGAAGUUAUUUUAUUUGUUUUUUAAGAUUUAUUUAACAUAUUUUGUAGCUAUUCAUAGAGUGGAGCUACUAUGCAUCCUCUUUUACUGUUCAUCCUUUAACCUUACUGAUCUUUUCACUGAGUAGAAUCACUGGAUUUGAUGUAUGUGAGUAAAAAUGUGCAAUGCAGACUAAGAGCAGGAAGUGUGAAACAGUUUACAGUUGUAGUCACUAACUGAACCUCACUUCUGCUGAAUAUGUCAUAUUUCCCACAUAGGAUCUGUAGUUAAAAUACAUGUAACAUGCUUACCUCAAGCUUUCCCAACAGUGCUUUACAAAAACAAUGCGUUGAGUUUACACUUUGUGUCUUCACAUAACUCUAGCCUGCAGGAUGCACCAUGACCACCACUAUUUAAAAACAUUCCAACUGAAUGUUCAUUGUUUUGGGUUUUUCUUUUUGCACUGAUGUUUGAAAAAAUGGCAUAUUUAAAAUGUUUGAUGCUUGUACCAGCCAGCUCAUUACACCACUGAGUUUGUAUGUCUAAGGAAAGCCGUUUGUAUUUAUUUAUGUCUUGUGUGGAGAAAGUUUGCCAGCACUCAGUGUUUGUGUUUUUAUCCUGUGAAUUCCUGUUUUACGCUGUAAUAUUUAUCUUAUGUAGAUUUAGAGUUGUUUUAAUUGAUAACAUGGCUUUUUGAGCACGUGUUGCUUUUUUUUUCAAACUUUAAUGUUCAUCUGCUUGACAGAUAAUUCCUUAAAUAAAUUCAGUUGUAUUCACCUCUUCUCUUUGGUGUUUAGUC